CGGGAGCCGAGCGGGGCCGGGCACCGGAGCCGAGGCGGAGCGGGGCGGGCGGCCCCGAGCAUCCCUCCCGCCGCCCCCAGCAUGGCCCCCGCCCUGCCCGGUGGCUGAGCACCUCCGCGCUGUCUCUGGGGUCGGGGAAAAGCCCCAAAGAAGCCCCCCCCCAGGCCGCCGGACACGGCUCCGUCCCGGCUCGCAGCGCCGCCGAGGAUGCCAGUCGCUGAUCGCCUCCCUCUGCCUUUGCAGGUGACCGAGGGACCCCAAAAAGAGCCGGGAGGGGACGGGAGCAUCAUGGCACACCCCGUCUCGGCUUUCCAGGCUGCCUACAUCUCCAUCGAAGUCCUCAUCGCCUUGGUGUCCGUGCCGGGGAAUAUCCUGGUCAUCUGGGCUGUGAAGAUGAACCAGGCGCUGCGGGACGCCACUUUCUGCUUCAUCGUCUCGCUGGCGGUGGCUGACGUGGCCGUGGGGGCUCUGGUCAUCCCCCUGGCCAUCAUCAUCAACAUCGGACCGCAGACGGAGUUUUACAGCUGCCUCAUGGUGGCCUGUCCCGUCCUCAUCCUCACUGAGAGCUCCAUCCUGGCGCUCCUGGCCAUCGCCGUGGAUCGGUACCUGCGGGUGAAGAUCCCCGUCAGGUACAAGAGCGUGGUGACACCCCGGAGGGCAGCAGUGGCCAUCGCUUGCUGUUGGAUCGUCUCCUUCCUGGUGGGACUCACCCCGAUGUUUGGCUGGAACAACCUGAACAAGAUGCGGAGGACUCACGAGCUGAACGGCAGCCACGCGGAGUUUGUCAUCAAGUGCCAGUUCGAGACGGUGAUCAGCAUGGAGUACAUGGUGUACUUCAACUUCUUCGUCUGGGUCCUGCCUCCCCUGCUGCUCAUGCUGCUCAUCUACCUGGAAGUCUUCAACCUCAUCCGCAAGCAGCUCAACAAGAAGGUCUCCUCCAGCUCCAACGACCCCCAGAAGUAUUACGGGAAGGAGCUGAAGAUCGCCAAGUCCUUGGCACUGGUCCUCUUCCUCUUUGCUCUCAGCUGGCUCCCCCUGCACGUCCUCAACUGCAUCACCUUGUUCUGCCCAUCCUGCGAGACGCCGCACAUCCUCACCUACAUCGCCAUCUUCCUCACCCACGGCAACUCGGCCAUGAACCCCAUCGUUUACGCUUUCAGGAUCAAGAAGUUCCGGACAGCCUUCCUGCAGAUCUGGAACCAGUACUUCUGCUGCAAAACCACCAAAACCGACAGCAACACCAUAGCCGAGACGGUCAACUAGGAGCUGGGGGGAGCUGCUGGUCCUGCCGUCAGGGGAAGGGGUGAUGAGGACCCAGGAGGGCUGCAGUUGCCAGCCCCGUGCAAUCUGAACAGCCGAGUCCCCGAGCUGCCCAGGGGGUUAUUUAUUCACAAGCAUUGUACUGUUUUGAUAUUGUAGCCUGCACUGUUCCUCUCUUUUUAUUUUAUUUUAUUAUUAUUAUUUUUUUUGGUUCGAUUUUUAUUUUUAAGGGUUGCCAAGUAUUUAAGGAGAAAUUGUACAGACGAAGGCGCGGUUUAUCUUAACGCAAAUAAAGUAAAAUGAUAAAAAUCA